UCCUACAAAUAGCCAGCCUGGUUUAGCAAACGUGUCUCCUUCAUCUGAUAUAAUAUCAGCUAGUUUCCAGUGCUGCUGUGCGUCCGAGAAUGAAUACAAGAGAGCAACUUGCUGGGGUUCUUGUCUUCGACUCAUCAGCGUUGCAGAAACAGCCAAACUUGCCAACUGAGUUCGUUUGGCCGCACAAGGAUUUGGUUGGAAACCAAGACGAGCUUGAAGAACCACUGAUAGAUUUGGACGGAUUCUUGAAAGGAGAUGAAGUGGAAACUGCCCACGCAGCUGAGCUUCUUAGAGUUGCUUGUUUACACCAUGGUUUCUUUCAAGUCACAAACCAUGGAAUAGAUUCUUCCCUUAUUCGAGCUGCGUAUCAAGAAAUUGAUACAAUCUUUAAGCUCCCUUUAGAUAAGAAGCUCAGUGUUCGUAGGCAACCCGGCGGUGUAUGUGGAUAUUCCGGCGCUCAUGCCGAUCGGUAUUCGUCUAAGUUGCCUUGGAAGGAGACUUUCUCAUUUGAGUACAAUGGGAAUCACUCACACCCAGUUGUCGUUGAUUACUUCAAGCAUUUCCUGGGUGAACAUUUUCAACCAACAGGGUGGGUGUACCAAAGGUACUGUGAAGAAAUGAGGAGGUUAUCUCUCGUAAUUUUUGAGCUGCUGGCAGUGAGCUUGAGAGUGGAUCGUUAUUACUACAAGGAAUUUUUUGAAGAUGGUAGCUCAAUAAUGAGAUGCAACAAUUAUCCACCUUGCAAUAAUUCGGGGCUAACCCUCGGCACUGGUCCUCAUUGUGACCCAACUUCCUUAACCAUACUUCACCAGGAUGAAGUCGGUGGCCUUGAAGUGUUUGCAAAUAACAAAUGGCAAGCAAUUCGACCUCGUUCUGAUGCCUUUGUCGUCAACAUUGGUGAUACCUUCAUGGCAUUAUCCAAUGGGAAAUACAAGAGUUGCCUACACAGAGCCGUGGUGAAUAGAGAGAGAGAAAGAAGAUCGCUGGUUUUCUUUGUGUGUCCAAAAGAGGACAAAGUGGUGAGACCACCACAGGAUCUUGUUUGCAUAGAAGGGCCAAGGAAGUACCCAGAUUUCACAUGGUCUGACUUGUUGGAUUUUACUCAAAACCACUACAGAGCUGAUGUUGCUACCUUUCAAAGCUUUAUCAAAUGGCUUCCAUCUUCUAAAACCAUUUAAUCUCUACUUGUUUUGAAUGCUUUUCAUAUAUAAUAAUGGUAUCUUUUCUAAAACCAUUUCUACUUGUU